AUGGCGGCGGGGGACCCGGAGCAGCGGUACUGCGGGCGGCUCUCCUACCUCUGCCUCAAGCUCACCCUCAUCACCUACUCCACCUUCUUCUGGCUCAUCGGAGCCCUCGUCCUCGCCGUGGGGAUUUAUGCAGAAAUCGAAAGACAAAAGUACAAAACUCUAGAAAGUGCCUUUCUAGCCCCAGCAAUUAUUUUAAUACUUUUGGGUGUUAUAAUGUUCCUGGUAUCCUUUGUGGGUGUGCUGGCUUCCUUAAGAGACAACUUAUGCCUUCUGCAAGCAUUCAUGUACAUCCUUGGUAUCUGCUUGCUGAUCGAGCUGACCGGUGGAGUGGUGGCCCUGAUCUUCAGAAACCAGACAAUCAAGUUUUUGAACGAUAACAUUAGAAGAGGAAUUGAGAAUUACUACGAUGAUUUAGACUUCAAGAACAUCAUGGAUUCUGUUCAAAAGCAGUUUAAGUGCUGUGGUGGGGAAGAUUACAAGGAUUGGUCCCAAAAUGCCUACCACAGCUGUGGGGCGCCGGGCCCGCUGGCCUGUGGGGUGCCCUACACUUGCUGCAUCAGAAAUAAGACAGACAUUAUCAACACUAUGUGUGGAUACAAGACCAUUGACAAAGAGCGCUUGAGUGUUCAGAAUAUUAUCUACGUCCGAGGGUGCACGAAUGCAGUGCUUAUCUGGUUUUUGGACAACUACACCAUCAUGGCUGGAGUGCUGCUCGGCAUAUUGCUACCCCAGUUCCUGGGCGUGCUGCUGUCCCUGCUGUACAUCACGCGCGUGGAGGACAUCAUCACGGAGCACAAGCUGGGCGAGCGGCUGUUCCUGGACGCGCGGCACAGACCCGCGCCCGAGCUCGGCGGGGCCGGCUGCUGCAUGUGCUACCCGGGGUGACUGCGGGCCCCCCGAGAGCAGUGAGAGCCGGGCGAGCCCUCCUGGUCUGGCACGUGCUGCUGUCACGGACCGGCGGCGGUGCCACAGUGCCCUCGGGGUGUCUGCGCCCACAGACGCCCCAGAAG